AUGACCUGCGUAGACUAUAAUAUCUACUAUAGUCCUUCAAACGAGGCUUCUAGUUCUCGGAGCUUUCCUCCUGAAUGUACAAUUAUUCAGCUGCCAGUAAUUGAGACUUUACAUGAAGAUGAACUGAAGAAUUUAACUGCUGAGUUCGACCUUGAAUUGCAUGUAUCUGAUGAUUGUAGCAGUUGUCAUAGAAAAGACGGAAAAGAAUUAGCUGUGUCACUUCUUUCUUCAUUGUUGAAACUAACAACAUUUUUGUAUUUAUCUUCUGUUGCAGAGAAUAAAAACAACAACAAAGUGGUAAUACCAUUAGCUGUUGGAUGCGCAGUCUUCUUCAUGAUUACCUUGUUCGUUAUAUUCCGUCACUACCUUUACAAGAAAAAAUAUCCUUCUUCAAAAUUGCUAGCAAGGAAUACAUAUUCUGACCCAUCCUCAAGAUCAGAAGUGGAGGGGUGGAGUGUCUGCUUUAGAGUCCCUGUUUUCUCCUACAAUGAACUUGAAAAAGCUACCAAUAAUUUUCAUGUUGAGAAAGAACUUGGGAAUGGAGGAUUCGGAACUGUUUAUCAUGGCAAACUCCAUGAUGGGAGGGAAGUUGCAGUCAAGCGCUUAUAUGGGCACAACCAUAGACGAGUAGAGCAGUUCAUCAAUGAAGUUGAAAUCCUAACACGAUUGCGCCACAAGAAUCUUGUCUCCCUUUAUGGCUGCACUUCGCGCAGCUGCCAUGAACUUCUUCUUGUGUAUGAAUACAUUCCCAAUGGCACCGUUGCUGAUCAUAUUCAAGGCCAUCAAGCUACACCAGGUUCACUCACAUGGCCAACUCGUAUGAGCAUUGCCAUAGAAACUGCUAGUGCAUUGGCUUACCUCCAUGCUUCUGACAUCAUACAUCGCGAUGUAAAGACUAACAACAUCCUUCUUGAUGACAAUUUCUGCGUCAAAGUUGCUGAUUUUGGGCUUUCCCGGCUGUUCCCUAACGAUCUCAGCCAUGUCUCAACAGCUCCUCAAGGGACCCCAGGCUACGUUGACCCGGAAUAUGACCAAUGCUACCAGCUUACUAGUAAGAGUGAUGUCUACAGCUUUGGGGUUGUCCUCAUGGAGCUCAUAUCAUCACUGCCAGCCGUUGAUAUAUUUAGGCAAAAGCAUGAAAUCAAUUUGGCUGAUUUGGCUGUAAACAAGAUUGAAAAGUGUGCAUUCCAUGAGUUGAUCGACCCUCAUCUUGGAUUUGAGUCAGAUGAUGGAAUUAGAACAAUGACCAUUUUGGUGGCAAAGUUAGCUUUUCAAUGUCUACAACAGGACAAGGAAACGAGGCCUUUCAUGGAUGGGGUAUUGGAGGCUUUAAAGAAGAUUCAAAGUGGUAAGGAUGCGCAUGAGGAUCAAGAGAUGGCAUAUGAUGAUGCUGGGAUCCUUAAUGUACAGCAACCAGCUUCACCCGAUCGUGAUGAGGUUCGAGUGUUAAGGAAUAAGCGGCUGCCAGUUUCAAUCGAGGAUGUAACGGAUUUUUGGACUAAUAGGCCUACUACACCUAAUUUCAGUGGUUGAAAUUUCAUUUUCUUUUCAUCCACUUGUUUGGUUGUUCUUACUCAUGGAGGCAUAUUAUUGGUAUGUAGAUAUGAGGGAUGCACAUUUACCAAAAUACCUAAAAAUUUUGGUUCUUUAUGUGAUUCUGUGUUCUUAUUUUCCAAUAAAAAUCCUACUUUGAGUGUCAGCCAUCAAAACACCUUCUUUUUUUUUCUUUUUUCUUUUUUCUUUUUCAGGGGAUGUACAUUUGCCGAAGCAACUCUUUUAUUUUAUUUUUUAAUUUAUAGG